CAAUAAGUGCCUUCCACACCACGGAUCUUACAGCGUGUAUGUAUGUGUGUGAGCUGUGGUUAGACGCUCCUCUAUUUAAUGACACCAUCUUUUCUUCUUUUUACUUUCUUCUUCUACCUAGCUAUGUAUCCCUAUUCCCUUCUCUUUCUCUGAACCUUCUUCUUCUCUCUUUCACAUUCUCAUAAGAUAUAAGACCCAUACACACACACACACACAUAUCUGCUUCUUGUAGAACAAGUUAAGUUUGUUUUGUUUUGUCGUUUGCUUAAGGAUUAAUCAAUCAAUUAUCUGAUGAUGGAAGAGCCGGUUGUGGUUAACAAAGGAGAUUAUGAUCAUGAUCAUGAUCAGCCUUUGGAUUUACCUCCAGGUUUCAGGUUCCACCCCACAGAUGAAGAGAUCAUCACUUGUUACCUCACAGAGAAAGUCCUCAAUAGAGCCUUCAGUGCAACUGCUAUUGGAGAAGCUGAUUUCAACAAGUGUGAGCCUUGGGAUUUGCCCAAGAAAGCAAAGAUGGGGGAGAAAGAUUGGUACUUCUUUUGCCAAAGGGAUAGGAAGUACCCAACAGGCAUGCGAACCAAUAGAGCAACCCAAUCUGGGUAUUGGAAGGCCACUGGCAAAGAUAAAGAGAUUUUCAAAGGGAAGAACAACCUUGUUGGCAUGAAGAAGACCCUUGUUUUCUAUAGAGGAAGAGCUCCAAAGGGUGAGAAGACAAAUUGGGUUAUGCAUGAAUUCAGAUUGGAUGGCAAAUUCGCAUGUUACAACCUUCCCAAGGCUGCAAAGGAUGAAUGGGUUGUGUGCAAGGUUUUCCACAAGAGCAGCACUACUACUACAGAUGUUAACAAAAGGGUACUCCCAAUAAUUAACCCUGGCCUUCUGAGAAUGAACUCAAGUAAUGGAGAAGAUCUAUUAUUUGAUUUCUCUUCUCUCCCACCUCUCGUGGAUCCUCUCUUUGACCAAACCUCAAACAAGCACAUUGACAAUGAUUUCAAGGGUACUAAUAACACACCUUCAUCUUCAUCAGCUAAACUACCAUCAUCAAGUGGCUACUAUCUUCCCAACUUCAACAACAACAACAAUCAGCAAAUGCUUAUGAUGAAGCCAGAAGAACACAAAAUAUAUGAGAUUCCCAUCAACAACUAUGCCUCCACCAGUCAAGUGGAUUUCACUACAACUAAUAACCCAAUGGGAAUUAGCACAAGCAAUAAUAAUAUCCUUCUUUCUCAGCCUCAAAUUCGAACCCAAAAUUCAACCUCAGUACCCUUCAACAUGUUCCAAGAUUGUUAUAAUCAUACGCACCAAGGAAAACAGUGCAAGAUGGAGCAAUUCUCCAUUGACAGUACUAAGAAACAGCCCGUGGUCAGUGCCUCUCAAGACACGUGCCUCAGCAAUGACACUUCCUCGGUGGUUUCAAAGCAAGACAAUAACAUGGGAAGGAACAAGGCAUUGUACGAGGAUAAUUUUGAAGGUCCUUCAUCAGUUGCUACUACCCUCUCAGAUUUGGAAUGCCUGUGGGAUGAUUACUGAAGAAUAACUGAAAAACCUGAUGCAUGAAGAGAGAGAUUAAAGCAAGUUAAUUUGUUGGUUUAUGGUUUUUUCUAUAGUUACUACAACAUACCAUAUAUUUUCUGAUUUUAGGCAGUCAUAUAUACAGAUAUAUGUUAUAUAUUAGACAUGGAAAAAGUUCUGGUGGGAUACCCGUAUACUGUAUAGAUUUAUGAUUGAUCGAUUAGAUUAUCCAGGGUCUUGUUAAAGUUCGGUUUAUAUUUCGUAGACCAAGGAGAAGGAUUCGAUCAUGUUCAUGUACAUCUUUCUUUUGUUAUAUAAUUAGUGGGUUUGUUUUAUUGAUUUAUUA